AUGGCAGGAGGUUCUGAAACCACGAAAACCACUAUUGCCACCACCGUCAACACCAAGGUGCGGCAAUCAAGCAAACCGGCAGUUCGUAGGUUUGUCGGAGUUCGACAAAGGCUGUCGGGGAGAUGGGUGGCAGAGAUCAAGGACUCAUCUCAACGUGUAAGACUAUGGCUCGGAACUUAUGACACCCCAGAAGAAGCGGCCAGAGCCUAUGACGAGGCGGCUCGAGCCCUCCGUGGGGAAAAUGCCCGAACCAACUUUGCAUCAGUUAACCCCAGUUCGAGCCUUUCGGGUUCGUCAUCCCCCAGUAACGGAGGGUCACCAUCGGAAUCUGACGGGAGGCAUGGGCUCAGCUUCUCUUCCUUGAAGGCUAAACUGAGCAAAAACCUUCAGAGUAUCAUGGCAAGGAAUGGCGAUCACAAUAAGUCCUCGAAAAGUAGGGUAAGUGACCAGUUCACUUUUGCUAAGAUAUUUCACUUCAGAAACUACCAAUACCAGAACCAAAUGGACAUGAACAACGUUGAGAAAGUGGCUGUGCAUCCAAGCAUUAUUGUGCCCCAUGUCGGGAAUGAGGCGCCCUGUUCUUGGGAAAGCUCUAGUGUUUCGGAAGGCAGUGCUGAGUGGAUCGGUUUCCGGCAACAUGGGUUGGAUUCGGAUGGAUCGGAUAUUGGAGAGGUUAGUUUUGGUGAGCAAGGGUUCAUGGAGCGAAUGAUGGGGUGGAAUAUGGAUAGCCCAGAUCAGAUAGGUGUUGAUGAUGCCGAUGAGCAGGGUACGAGGAGUAAGAGGUUCAAGGUUUCUUCUUCUGUAGUGGUUCCUCCAACCUUUAGCGGGUCCCCAUACAAUGGAGAAAAUUGA